AUGUCACAUUGGGAAGUUACUGUAUCAGACGUAACUACUACCAAAAAUCGAUUCAAAAAUGUGGAUAUUAAUCCCAUAAAAGAAAACAAAAUUCCUCCAAACGUGUUUAUACUUAAAGAACUUGAAAAACCUGUAAAAUCUGGAAAAUAUGUGAUAACUUCGAUAUAUACUUGUGAUUUAAAGGAAGUUGUUACGGUUGACCCGUACAUAAGUCAAACUGGAACGAAAGAAUUUCUGAUUUUAUCACGUAUUCCAAAUGAAUGGAUUUUUCCAUAUUGGGAACAUCCAGCAACCAAGGCUAGAUUUACCAUUCAAAUUAUACACAAAUACAGUGAUACAGCUCUUUCGAACAUGCCUUAUGACUAUUGGGGUCCGGAAAUACCUGCGUUCCAAACAACAUUUUUCACCACACCUCUAAUAUCUACGCAUUUGGUUGCAUUUGUUGUUAUACCGAAUGUAUAUAACACAACUGCGAUAUCAGGAAAUGACGUUACCAUUACAAGCAGCUUAGAAAUGAGAAAUGACACAUACUAUGCACGAACUUUUCUUAUUAAUAUCUUCAGAAGUCUCAGAAACAUGUGGGACUAUAUUAUACCACGGUCGCAUGUUAAUUACGUGCUACUGCCUUUAACCUCUAAUCGGUACGAAAGUAUGAUAGCUCCUGGAUUUGUUUUUUUGAGUGAAGUUAACAGUAUAUAUAACAGCGAAGUAGAUUCAAUUAUUAAACAAAAAGAAGUAACAUGUUUCAUAGCACGAAAUGUGAUACAAGAAAUGUUCAGUGAGUGGGUAGCUACAUUUAAUCAAUCGGAUUUUUGGUUUAUCGAAGGAUUUUCAACAGUAUAUGGAGUUUAUAUUUGGGACAAGAGUUUAAUGAAGUCAAUUGUGGUCCAGACACGACGAAACGUUUUGGAUUAUGCAGAAGCAUUUAGUACAUAUGAUUUUGGAAAUCAAGAAAAAUCUUGUACAGCUCGAAAUUCAACUGAUAGGAAAAUGUGGCGAGAAAAGGCAUUCGGCAUGUUUUAUAUGCUUAGUCAUAUCUUAGGUGAAGAAGAUUUCUUAUAUACUUCUAUGUUUAAACAGGCCGUAACCUUAUAUUAUAACAUUAAUACUACAUCAGAUAUGGUACAAAAUGGACAGUCACUUUUUGAUAAAUUAUGGUACGGAAAGUAUGAAACGUCUUUCUUAUAUAAGUCUGUCUACUUUACGACAGAGAUAAAAAAAAUAAUAACUUCAUGGACAACACAAUUUGGUUAUCCUGUGUUACAAGUAAACCGACACAAUGAUACACAGGUAGCAAUAUCUGUCAUAGACUGUUUUACCGUUGAUCACAAAAAACAGUGCGCGCUAAAUUGGUGGAUACCUGUGACUGUUAAAAAAAUACUACAAACAAAAAGUACUGUCACGUAUACUGAUAUCCUAACACCGUACAAAAAAUAUAUUUCAUGGCUGAGUAAUAAAACUGAGGUUGUCAUUGUCGCGGACUCCACUGGAUAUCGUGUCAACUAUGACCGUGAAUCUUGGACACACAUUGCUUUUUUCUUAAAAAAUGUUGAUGUGAAGAUCACUGAUUUAUCUGACGUCACUGUAGCACAAAUAUUAGACGAUGCUUUUUAUUUUUUGGUGCAAAAUACAGAAUAUAACGACAAUUCUACUUCAGAUAAUAGUGAUCUAGAUAUAUAUCUUGAAAUUGCAAGCAAUAUAUUUCGUGUACACAAUUCCUACCUAAUGUGGUAUCCUGUAUUUUUUGCUCUUGAAAACAUGUCGAAGAUUUUUCCGUUUCCAGAAAGUGUUCUUUCCAGAAAUAUCAAGUAUUCGGAAAAUAGUGUCAAUAAUCAAUUCUAUCAUGAAAUUUUAAAAUGGACAUGCAUUCUCGGUGAUUUAACAUGCAAAGGACAUGUUAAUGGAAUAUUAGAAUGGCAUUUUAAAAAUCCUGCACGAAACAAACUUUUGUCAAAAUGGCAGAAAUGGAUAUAUUGCCAAGGAUUAAUGUUAGAAACGGUCUCUUAUCAUACAUCUGCUUUAUGGCGAAAUAUUUUCAACAUAUACCAGACACAAAGAAGAGAAGAAGAUUUCUUUGAACUUUUACCUUGCUGUAAAAAAUACGAUUAUAUGUAUAAUUUGGUGUCUUUUCUUGAUCGUAAUUCGUUACCAAAACCUGGAAGUAAUUUACGUGUCAAAAACAGUGACAGGGAACAUAUUGUAAAUGCAAAGAAAAGUGUUACUGUUUCUUUACUUUUCACUAUUUUUGCUUUGCAUUCGAAAAAUUAUUCAGGGCUAAAUAGUAUACAAUUCGGACUAGAACGUGGAAUAGGAAGGUAA